AUUCUGCACACUGAAAAGUAGUUCCAGCUGUGAUCCACUGAACACGCAUGCGCUACUACGUAACGUCAACGGUCACAUGGUACACUCGUCAGAAAAUUUUCAGAAUGAUUCGCCGCCAUCUUCUUUCUCGCUGGGUCUCAUCCUUCCAGAGUUGCACCACUCUGCUUUGAUGUGUCUGGUGUGUAACUCUUCAAUGAGAUGGUACUGCAAGUGCUGUAGUUUCUCCUCACCAAAACAGCACACACUAAUCACCCAUUACAAACUGAAGCAUUGUAAUCAGGCAAGGAAUUGUUCUCUUCCCUGUGUCUAUGGGGACUGUGUGUGUUCCUUCAGGCCUGCCCUUUUUACUGAAAGACAGAUUGUCAAGGAAUUCACCCGUUUGAUGUCAGUGGACCUCUAUUCAUUCUAUGAAGGACUAGAUGGAAAUCUCCAGAAACUGCUUCUGCUGUAUAGGUCAAGGCGUUUUGAUGGAAACAAGGAAAUGAUGGCCUUGCUGGACAGUAUUGACAGGGAUCCAUCAAACCAAAGAAAAAGAACAGCGGUGUUGCUGGGUCUACCAUGUUGCAUGAAAGAGAAACCUUUCCCGCUCUUAAAGAUGUGUGAGAAAACAAAGUAGUUUGCAGAGCAAUGCUUCCAUCUAGGACAGGGUUCCCCAACUCCAGUCUUUAAGCGCUACUGCCAUGCAAUUUUUAGAUACAUCCCUAGCAAAGGUCAAAGAGCCAUUCAUUUAAUUCAUGUUAGUUGGAGCAUGGACACAUUUAAAAUUUGCAGAACAGUAGCUUUCAAGGACCGGAGUUAGAGACCCCUAGUGGCUUUCAUGAAGCCAACAGACUGUGAAGAUGAUCUCAUCAAGGGAAUGCUGGUAGGAAUCCUUCUUGUCUUGGAAGAUGUGAGUGAACCACUUCCGUCCUCCUACCAGGAUGUUGCCAUUGUGCUUGAGGCAAACAUUGUGAUUCGUCACCUAUGUGAUCUACCCAGCGCUUUUAUGACACUGAUGGGACUGAUGUAUGUACUGAACUUGAACUAUCCCAAGGACCUAAAAUACACUUUUGAAGUAAUCCAGCGUCUUUUCUUGGGAAUUGGAAGCGACUCGUGCUCUGCUAGGGUCCAUUCCUUAAAAAAUACCCUUUUCAAAUGAAGUGACUCUGUUCAUAUGAACCAAGGACUGCUGUGUUUUUGUCCUUUGAAGAAAACCGUUCUUUCCCUUUCAGGUUGAGUUGAAGUUAAGAUACAAAUGUAAGCAUGGCAAGUUGUACAACUUAGGAAUAUUAUUGUAACUUGUUUCUUGGAGUUUCCCAUAAGGCAUUAUUGAAUGCUCAUAAAUCCAUAACAUUGAACUCAGAUGCUCUGUUUAAUGUAGUGUCUAUUUGCAUCUGUUUGCUAAAACAUCUGAAAUGAAACAAACCAGUAUGUAUAAAAAGUUCAGUUAAAUUUGUUAUUCUCAUAAAACAUUUCACUUUGGAGGAUUUCUUAGAGGUUUGGGUAGAAUACGAUAUUUUUAAACCAGACAGUCAUACAGAAAUUAAGUGCACUAGUUUACUCAGGCAUUGUUACAGAAAUGCACAUCUUUCAAUGUGAAUGGCAAGUGUAUUAUUUGUGUUUGUUACUUGCUUAAAAUAUGUUUAAACAAGUAUGAAAAUAUUUAAAACCUUUAAAAAUGUUUAACAGGUUGUGUGUCUUAGAAAAACCUCAGAACAAAUUUGAUUUUGCUUUUCAGUAGUUAAUUUAUACAACUAUGUCUUCUUGUUAGAGGGUUUGUUUUUUCUCAUCACUGUCCUUGAGAAAAAUUAAAAAGUAUAUUGGAAAAACAAUUUUCAAAAGAAGUUAGAAAGAAAAGUAUUUUCUGUUUUUUAGUGGAAACUUGUAAAACAAUAUUUUUGCAUUUAUUUUGAAAAAUGACCAGAUUUGAAUAAAAUCUUGUUCAUAAAA